AUGGCUGAGGGGUUAUCUGGAAAAGUGGAUGUUUUCCCUCUGCCCCUGCCUAUGCACCCAGCUCGGGCCCUUGAACAACAAGAAAGCCACUCUGAUGAUCUUUGGAUGGUUUUCUUGAUCCUCAGCCUUAAUUACAUGCAUGGUGGUCAACGAGAGGUGAAGGUAGCAAAGUGGACCAGCUGGGCGAAUGUGGAACCAGCACUUCCCUUUGGGCAUAUUGGGUCUAUUUCAGCGGUGGAUUUGGCCGAUGGGGGCGUUCGCGAGCUGCUCCUGGACCCACAGCGCUUUCUCAAACCGGGAUUUGAGGGACAAGCGAUUAAGUCAUCGAAGGUUAUGGUUCGGGAAGAAGAUUGGUCUGAUUUGGUGUCGGGGUUGGUUCGCUACAACCUUUGUUGCGUAUUACCCGAAAGCGCCCUGCUACAUGCCAACGGAAAACCUAUCCAGAACGGACUUUUCGGUGUUGAAAAAGGGGAGCAGGCCAAUGGACACGACAUCCACCGACUCAUCAUGAAUUUGAUUCCCAUCAAUUCUGCAUCCAUCCCGGUGGACGGCGACACGGGCACCCUGCCUUUAUUGAGCCAAAUGAACAGCUUGGAGCUUCAUCCUGAUGAACAUUUGGUUAUUUCGAGCGAAGACUUGCGAUGCAUGUUCUACCUGUUUGCGCUUCCCGAGCAGUGGUUCCCGCUGCUGAGCUUCAACAGGGCAGUUCCUCCGGAUCUGGUCCCACCACAUGUCGAUGAGCCUUGUUAUCUUUGUUCGAAGGUCUUGCCGAUGGGAUACCUCAACUCGGAGGUGGGCAGCGCUGAGGUGCGCAAAGAUAGGCCAGCAUCACUGGCAAAUCCUCUAUGGCGAGUAUACCUCGACAACUUUGACCUCCUGGAAACAAAGAACCCCGAGACUGCAUCCAUCAUCAAAGGAAGUACCCCACCAGAUUUGGAACCCAUUCUUGAAGAGUACUUUCACUGGGGGGUUCCGUUGAACCCAAAGAAGUCUGUCAGGCGGGCUACAUUUGCGGAGAUCCAAGGUGCAGAGAUUGAUGGUUGUUCUGGGACGUCUCGGCCCAAAGGGGAUAAGCUGGCUAAGUAUGUCGGGGCUACCCUUUCUUUGUUGAGAUGCCCGGUCCACUUCUUUCACGAAUCUUUUUUCACAAUGGACGUUUCAGACCGUGAAAACCACACCCGAUCCAGUCAAGUCCUUCCCUACCGAGCCUGUGCUGGUGGUCUCUCUCUAUGCCGUCGGGAAAGACUUUACUGGUUUGAUUGGGGCCUAUGCUGCGAAGAGGGUGUGGUCCUUCAUCCACCGAUUUCUUCUCACCCUUCUUGCUAUGGCAACAUUCGGUUCGAAUUCCCUGCGGAUCCAUCGCACUUCCUUGAGAAAGGAUGGAAGCUGCAUCCAGAUGCCACUCAUCUUCCAGCGUUCACUGUUCCACAGCCUUCGGCCUCAGCCAACCCCACAGCAGCAGGGAUUCAUCGUUGCGGUCAAGCUGAAAAACAACGCUGGGAGGGCGAUCGCUUCCGGUUUCCACCUUUCCAAUAUUUGGACCGUCACCUUUUGUGGCGCAAAGAUGAAGCUCGACCUCCCAACGCGCGGGAGCGAGAGCGCAUUUUGGGCUUUCCCGUUGACUACACCUACAACUGCUUGAACAAGACUGAUACAAAGAGAUCUCCCGUUUACCAUGAUGAUACCCGCCUGUCCCUUCUGGGAAACACUUCGAGCGUCUCAGUCGUGGCUUUUUUCUUUCUUCACCUCCUUGCGCCUCUCGGGCUUUGCUUGGUCACUAGCUUGAAAGAGCUACUUCAAGUUCUUUCGGGGCACGCGCUCAAGCAUGGAGCUGCUCUCCUCUCUUGGAGGGCGCUUCAUCAAACUCGAGUGCCCAGCUCCAGCGAAGAAACCCUAGUUCGCAAGCUCCUCACGCAAGUUUCGAGCAAAGGUGAGGAUUUCUUGGUUUCGGUUGGUUCCAGCGCUCGUUCCCACCAGAAGUUUCGCAAUUCCAUACCAGCAUCCCUUUGGACCUGGCGGGAAAUCUGCGGUUGGAAGUGGGGACCAUGUGAUGACCACAUAAAUCGCCUGGAACUUCGCGCGAUCUAUACGACCAUUCGGUGGCGUGUUCUUCGUCAAAAGCAACUUCGCGUUCGUUUUCUCCACCUUACUGACUCUAUGGUGUGUUUGCACGUUUUGAACCGUGGGCGAAGCUCUUCUGUAAAGAUACAAACGUUGAUGUACCGUCUCUGUUCUUUAGUGUUGGCGACCGGCUUGCAUUUGAUCCCUGCGUAUGUCUCGACCAAGUCGAACCCAGCCGACCGGCCCAGUCGAAGGGCCCGCGUCCGCAAAAAAUGGGUAAAAUGA